CUCUCUCAAAUCCUUUCCUCUCACAGUCAUCCUCUCUGCCUUCACAUUCCAUUCGAUUUUAUUUGAUUGCCAACCAUGUCGCUGAGGCCAAGCGCCAGGGCGGAGGCUCGGAGGAACAAGUACAAGGUGGCGGUGGAUGCGGAGGAAGGGAGGAGGAGGAGAGGGGACAACAUGGUGGAGAUUCGGAAGAACAAGAGAGAAGAGAAUUUGCAGAAGAAGCGAAGCGAGGGAUUACAGUCACCUCAGCAGCAACUCACCUCCUCCAUGUCCAGUUCCUCUACUGCCUAUCUGAGGUCAGAAAGUCUUCCAGCAAUGGUUGCAGAUGUUUGGUCAGAAGACUGGUAUUCACAGCUAGGGGCAACCACUCAUAUUCGAAAGCUGCUCUCAAUGGGCCGCAGUCCUCCAAUCAAUGACGUUGUACAAUCUGGUGUUGUUCCUCGUUUCAUUGAGUUCCUUGCAAGGGAAGGUUUUCCACAGCUUCAGUUUGAGGCAGCGUGGGCUCUCACCAAUAUUGCUUCAGGGACAUCAGAGAACACCAAGGUUCUAAUUGAUCAUGGAGCUGUACCCAUAUUUGUCAAGCUUUUAAGUUCACCACUUGACGCAGUCCGGGAACAGGCAGUUUGGGCACUUGGAAAUAUUGCUGGUGACUCACCUCAGUGUCGCGAUCUUGUCCUUGGCCAUGGAGCUUUGAUGCCAUUGCUUGCACAGUUCGAUAAACAUGCAAAGCUUUCUAUAUUGAGAAAUGCCACUUGGACAUUGUCCAACUUCUGCAGGGGCAAGCCACAACCUUUAUUUGAGCAGAUAAAGCUCGCUUUCCCAGCUCUCGAGCGUCUUAUACAUUCUAAUGAUGAGGAAGUCCUGACAGAUGCAUGCUGGGCUCUAUCUUAUCUCUCAAAUGGAGCCAAUGACAAAAUCCAAGCUGUUAUUGAGGCAGGAGUCUGCCCCAGGCUUGUUGAACUUCUACUUCAUCCAUCUCCAACUGUGGUCUUUCCUGCUUUACGAACGGUUGGAAAUAUUGUCACUGGUGAUGACAUGCAGACUCAGUAUAUGAUAAACUAUCAAGGUCUUCCUUGCCUUUUGAACCUCCUGACCAGCAAUAAGGGGAAAAUCAAGAGGGAAGCAUGCUGGACAAUCUCAAAUAUCACAGCUGGAAACGCAAAUCAAAUACAGGCUGUAAUUGAAGCUGGUAUCAUUGGCCCCCUUGUCGACUUGCUUCAAAAUGCUGAAUUUGAGGUCAAGAAAGAGGCUGCUUGGGCAAUUUCAAAUGCUACUUCUGGUGGCACCUAUGAACAAAUCAAGUUCUUGGCUAGCCAGGGGUGUAUCAAGCCAUUGUGUGAUCUCUUGAUCUGUCCUGACCCCACAAUUGUCACAGUUUGCUUAGAAGGGCUUGGGAACAUUCUAAAGGUUGGGAAAGCUGAUAAAAAUUUAGGCAGUACUGGAGAAGCUAAUUUUUAUGCCCAAAUGAUAGGGGAUGCAGAGGGUUUAGAAAAGGUUGAGAACCUUCAGAAUCAUGACAACAAUGACAUAUAUGAGAAAGCGGUGAACAUUCUUGAGACAUAUUGGCUGGAGGAGGAUGACGAUGAAUCAGAGCCUGAGGGUGAUGGUUCCCCAACUGGAUUUAACUUUGGAGGAAAUAACUCUACUGUUCAUUCUGGUGGAUUUAACUUCAGUUAAGGCUGUCUCAAUUCAUCAUUUUCUUAAAUACCGCGUUAGGUGUCGGGAAUUUGCAGCAUAUCAAAGUCAAUGGCGGAAUGAAGCUGAGUGUCCAGUGCAGGUUCAUGUUUUGGUUGGGUUGGUUCAUAUUCAAAUGGAACUGCUUCUCGCGGAUGAGUUGGCAUUGAUAGAAACAAGUCCCCUUUUUUCUCUCUCUCUCCUUCUCUUGGUCUUUAUACUUUACACCUUCCUGGUUGCUUUUGAAGUUUUUUUAGAGUAAUUAUGAGAAAGGUUACAGGAUGUCAAAUACUCUGCUUUCAGAGGUCUUUCAAAGACAAAUUGGGAUCUCGAGAUUUUGUGCAAAAAGAGAAAAAAAAAUGAAGCAAAAACACUAUAAUAUCCCCCAA